GCCAGUUUGCCAGUGUACAUGAUUGACGGCCAUGGGCCAGAGUGCAGGCAGGGAUGCCUUGAGCAGGGAGGGCCGCUCCGUCCGGGCCAGCUCGGACAAUAAUAAGGUACGGAUGUACUCGGUACAGUCCAACGUCUUUUCUCCCACCCAUCCUCAAUGCCAGUGUCAGUGAGGUUCUCGUGAUAACACACACAGCACCUGCCCUCUCUUCCUGGCCAGGCCCGUUUUCUGCUCUGGGCCGUCUGUCCUCGAGCACGCCGUCAACCUGCCAGAUAGGCCACCUGCGACCACUUACAGCAGCCCCUCGCCCCCCGUCUCCAUCCUCUCUCUUCCUCCUCUCCCUGUUGCCUGCCACCAAAACGUCAUCGAUACUCUGACCCUCCUCGCCCUCACCUCUUGUCUUGAUGGCCUUCCUGCCACGCCUUGGCCCCCUGUGAUGAGCCUGUCACCUGCGUGGCUCCAGCCUCCUCGCCUGUCCCGGAGCUCGACUUGCCAACGCCGCCAACCCAACCAGGCUGCGCACGACGGCUUGCAUGCAUUCAAAUCCCCACAAUGAUUCUGGACCGCCACAGCGACCACCACAGGGACCCAUCACCACCAGCGCCAGCGCCAGCGCCAGCGCCAGCCCCGGCACCGGCCCCGGCCCCGGCACAACCAGGCCGGCAACUUCCUACACCACUUGCUCCUCCUCCUCCUCCUCCUCCUCCUCCUCCUGCGCCUUCUUCUGAGGAGCGGCCAUAUCAUGCCAAGAGGCCGCACCGCAAGUCUCGCCUGGGAUGCCGGAACUGUAAGGCCCGCAAGGUGAAAUGUGACGAGGCCAAACCAAGCUGCCGGAACUGCAGCCUGAGGAAGGACACAUGCAACUAUCCACCGCCUCAGAAUCCGGCCAACCCGGCCAACCCGGCCCCGGCCGCCGCCUCCGCGGCUUCCACCGUUCGGCUUGCUUACGGCUCACCGCUGUCAGUACGCACGGCUGCCUCCCCGGCUGCCUCCUCCGCGUCGACCCUCCCGUGCCUUUACUCCCCUGGCCCGUCCAGCGACUCCCGUCGCGGCUCCCAAGACGAAGCCCCCAGCAGCAGCGGCAGCACCGAGCUCAUCAUCGUCGACGAGCCCCCGGCCAAGCUUGCCGACACUGAUGAGUACGACAUGAAGUUGUUGUGGUUCUACUCCACCGAGACUUAUGCCUCAUUUUCCAUCGAGGCCGGCCGCAUACCCUUCAUCGACAAGAUCCUCAAGUCCCACAUCAUCACGUUUGCCUUCCAGAGCCCCUUCCUCAUGGACUGCAUCCUGGGCCUUUCCGCACUCCACAUGCAGUCGCUCAGCCUUCAUGUCCCCAUCUCCAAGGCUAUCACUCACCGGGCACGAGCCUUCUCUGGCUACCGCAGGGCCAUCGAGAGGGCCGACCCAAAAGACUUCCCCGCCCUCCUUGCCUGCUCCCUCCUCCUGUGCAUGCUGUCCUCAGAGGCCUUCCGUGAGCCAGAUACAAAGCCAUUAUACAUCAUAGACUGGAUGGUGCUCUGGCGCGGCAUCGGCCUAAUCAUGGAUAUCAUUCCCAUCGAGACACUUGUCUCAUCUGGGCUGGAGAAACUCUUCUCACGCCCGGCCUUCAAUCUGAACCAGACCGCCUUGCACAUCCCGAACAAUCUUUUCUUCAUGGUCACAUCCAUCAAGGAGGACGACGAGGACUAUCCCUACGUCGAGGCCUACUACACCACUCUCAAGUUCCUCGGCGGCCUGUACCUCGAGCUAGAGACCGGCUUCAGUCCCGUGUUGAGCAUGCGGAUCAUCACAUGGUUCACCUUCCUACCAAAACCUUUCAUAGAGCUCGGCAGGAAACGACGCCCGCGGGCCCUGGUCAUCCUGGCCCACUACCUCUCCUUCCUCAAGAUGGUCGAGGGUGUCUGGUGGAUGGUUGGCAUUGGAGACAGAAGCAUUCAGGAUAUCGUCAAUCAUCUGGGUCCAGAGUGGCAACCGCUCCUCAGUGUCCCGCGGGCUACCAUGUCCGUCCACGACAAGGUCGAGCUCGCAAAGCUGAUUAGGGGUAAUCAUGCUUGGGAGCCCGCCGAGGUUGAGCAGAUAAUGCAGCACCCAAACCCAGAACUGCGAAAACUUACCAUGGUCAACAACCAAGGCCAGGAGGUCGCAUAUAACAAAGAAGAGGGAGGCUGGGUGCCGUUGGCCACCGAACACCAGGAUUCCGCCUCGCCUGAGUAUCUUACGCCUCCCUACGUUUGACGUCAACUGCACGAGAUGGGAUGACUACUUUCGAGGCACACUGACAUGUCGUCAUUGGCUAUGGUCAAUAGGAUAGAAUCGAGUUCCUAACAUCGUGUCGUGUCUCCCCCCGGCCUGACACUUACACCGGCUUGUUCCGAUGUGAACUACUAGUACACUGAGCCGAAAACUUGGGCAGACCACCCUUGACUUUGGUCUCACAUACCCGGCUGAAAACGGGGCCUCAGAGACCGAACCACUCCUCACUUGCUGUCAAAUUCGAAGGUACACUAUGCCCAACACCGGUGGCAUAGAUGCCUUGAACAUUUGGGCCGUAAUUAUCGGUCUGGUAAUUCGACUGCGGGUAGUUCUUGAUCGACGAAGUGGGUGUUUGGCUGACGCCAAAGACAUUCGUCCAUUGCUGCAACACGUCGAAUCAGCUCUCAUAUAGCGGCUUUCGCACGCAAUCCUCG